AUGCAACACCAGCAGAACUGCCUCCAACUGUUUAAAAAAAAACGUAGUGAUAAUAACUCCUUUUUAACUGUUGAUGAGUACAAUAUUCGUAUUGAACAAUUAAAACAUUCAAAAUUUGUGUUGAAAACACCAGGAGAAAAAAAGUCUAUGAAAGAUUAUCGAAUGGUACGUAAAUAUGAUAUUUUAACAAUAAAUAAUAAAGAGCGUCUUAUUAAACCUAUACACGAUGAUACUAUACUCUAUUACGUUACAAUUGACGAGUUGUUCAAUAUUUUGCAUUCGACUCAUUCUACUAUUGGCCAUGGCGGAAGAUGUAGAAUGGAUUCUGUAUUAAAAUCAAAAUAUUGCAAUAUCACGAACGAAACUAUUAUGGCAUAUUUAAAGCUAUGCACACAUUGCCAAAAAAAGUCAUCAAAUCCUAAAAGAGGCUUAGUUUCAAAACCUAUUUUACAUUCCACUUUCAAUUCAAGAGCUCAAAUUGAUUUAAUUGAUAUGCAAUCACAACAUAUUAAUGGAUUCCGCUUCAUUUUAAAUUAUCAAGACCAUCUUACGAAAUUCGUAUUACUUAGAGCUUUAUCGAGUAAACGUGCGGAAGAGAUCGCGCACAUUUUGUUGGAUAUUUAUACAACUUUCGGGGCACCGGCCAUUCUACAUUCAGACAAUGGCCGAGAAUUUGUUAAUUCAAUAAUUAUUGAGCUUCAUUCCAUGUGGCCAGAUGUAAAAAUAGUGCAUGGCAAACCUAGACACAGCCAGAGCCAAGGGUCUGUGGAGAGAGCUAACCGCGACGUCGAAGACAUGCUAGCAACAUGGAUGGCACAAAAUAAAAGCAAAGAUUGGCCUUCGGCUUUAAAGUUUAUACAAUUUCAAAAAAACCGUGCAUUACAUUCAGGCAUUGGAAGGUCUCCUUACGAAGCAAUGUUUGGGUGCAAAGCAAGAGUUGGAUUAGCAUCAGUUGGCAUUCCAGUAAACGAACUUUGCAAUUUAAGUAUGGAAGAAGAUAUUGAAAAAAUAAUGUUACAGCCCGAAAACAAUGAGGAUAAUGAGAUCAGAGACGAAAACAGUGAAAACAAUGAAAUCGGAGACGAGAAAUGUCUCGGUUUUCAACAAACGUCAAGAAAAUAUUACAAAUGA